AUGAUGAUCUCGAUGCGAGAAAUGGAGACAUUAGGACUCAAAACCGGCAGCGGGUUACGUGAGACCGUCGAGUUCAAGGUGUUCACGCGACAGGAGGUGCUCGAUCAGAUCGCCCAAGUAGGCUUCAUGUGUCCGUUCCACGAAUUCCGAGCCGAGAUCGCCAAGAUGCCGGCAGGGGGCGACAUUCUCAUCGUAGCUGACCCGAACGAGAUGUUUGGAGAGAACUGGUUGCUCUGUCUCACCCGUCGCGCGUUCGACUCGCAGAUGGAGCUGAUCAACCGUCGCGAACAGGAUCGACUGGAUGCUCUCGCAGCUCAGGAGAAAGAGGCCAAUGCAGCAGAUGCCAACGAUGUGUCCAAGAUUGUGUACGAGGACAGACCGAUGCUUUCGCGUCCUUGGACGUCGGUCACUGCUCAGUGGAGACAGCACAAGGACCCCAACUACGAGCUCACACGCUUAGAGCAAGAUGUUGGGCUUCAGGGUACACCGCCGUUGGUGGACGGCACUACACAGACGAGCUGGUUCCGUUCAGUGAACAGUGCGCUCCAAUACGAACCGAUUGUCAUGGAGCCGGCACAACGGCAAGCCGAGAUGGACAGUGAUAAGAUCCAGGCCUUCUUAGCGCAUGUCUUGCCUCGUGUGGAGCGUGCACUGCAACAAAACGAGACGCUGGAUGUGUUUUUGGACCCAUUCGCUCAUCUACUGGAAGAAGAGGACGCUUCGCUGGGCAACAAGAACAAUGAAAACGUCAUGAGAGAACUGAGAAGCUUCACGGAUCUCGUGUACAGCAAGAACAAGACGUUGCCCGCAGUCGACUGGCAUCCGAGACGACACGGCGUCGUGGCUGUUGCAGCGGCAGCUAACGCUUCAUUUGCACGUCGUUUAGAUCUGCUGGAUACCGUUGAAAGUUCGUUCAUCCUCAUCUGGAACUUCGUCGACCUCAUCCAUCCGCAGAUCAUGCUCGAGUCGCCUCAGGACGUUUUAUCAAUGCGCUUCAACCCUGCAGCUCCACAUCUCGUCGCUGCAGGUCUGUACAACGGUCAAGUGCUCGUCUGGGACUUCUCCAAGGCGGAACACUUGCUCAGUAAAAUGAAAACGACCAAAACCCCGUCCGGACCGGCAGCUGGAACGAGUGCUUCCUCUUCGUCAAAGAGAGUUGACGAUGCGCACAAACAAGUGCCUCCUGUCAAGCCUCUGUUCGUGUCGUACAUUGAUGUGAGUCACCGCAGACCCGUAGCAGAUCUCCAGUGGCUACCAGCAGGGGUUGAAGUCAACAGUCGAGGCCACGUUGUGGCUUCUUCUGAGGCUGAUGCUGGCGCUGUCAAUCAGUUCGUCACGAUCGCAGCCGACGGCCAAGUUUCCUUCUGGGAUCUACGAUUCAAAGACCCCAAGUACCGCGGGAUGACGCGAGCCAAGGUUGAUAAAGCUGGCACUGCUGGCGCUAAGGACGGCACGACACCCGAUGUGCAUUUUGUGCCCAUCUACUCCAUUUCGUUGGCCAAGCUGGACAGUCCCGGAGAGUUGACACUGCAAACGCUUUGGCUAGAGAAGACACGCGAAGAAACUGGUCCUGGCAGUGGCGACGGAGGUAGUGGAGGCGUGUUGCCACUCACAAGUAAAUUCUACUGUGGCACCGAGGAAGGAGAGUUCGUGUACGCAGACUGGCGUCCUCACGCUCCUGCAAAAGGCGGCAACAAGGGGGAUGAUGGAGGAAGAGGUGGAGACGAGGGCGUCGAUACUGCAUCUAAUGGGCCCAUCUUUGUGUCGCCACUCACCCCGUCGGUCAUCACGUGUGUAGCGUUCUCUCCGUCACGCCCCGGUGUGAUUUUCUUGGGGAAAGCCGACGGAAUGCUGGAGGUUUGGGACUUUUUGGACCAGUCGCAUCGAUCGAGUUUGUCCAUCGGCGUCACGGCGUGUGCGCUUACGUCUAUUGAGUUCAGGCCGCAACUUGUGCCCAAUCCAAGUGGAAAUUCAGCCAAUGCCACCAAUUCUAGCGGUACGGGAGCUGGGACUGGCAAAGGCAAGGCAACGGACGCUGCAGGUGCACGAGGGCGUACUAACGCAGGCCAAAAUGCUCCAGCUAACGCCACGACGAACAUCAAGCAGCAACUCGUCGCCGUCGGGGAUCAGAUUGGCAACUUGCACAUUUUGGAGGUGCCUCGGACGUUGUCACGACCAACAAGUGGCGAACGAGCAGCUAUGGAAGCCUACUUUAAGCGUGAGAGUGAACGGAUGAAAGCUGCACGUGCCUUGAAAUCGGGUCUCUCGGAUGCUGGCGCUCCGAGCUUACGGCAGAACCGCGGGGAGGACGGCGCUCCUCCAGGAACAGCAGCUGCGAACAACUUGUCGUCGAUGCCAGAAGAGAUCGACUCGGUCAUGUCGGCGGCCGGCAAGCUGCAGGUGCUCAAGAUGGGAGUCUCCCGUCGUGGGUCUUCACUCAACGCCUCACUCAAAGCUAAAGACGUUCGCAUCCAAUUGGACGAGGAGUUUGAAAAGGAGAACGGCUACUCGUUCGACUAUGUGCUGGUCUUCCAGGUGCACGACGAGGCUGCUGAGCUCUCGGAGCAGCAGAAGAAGUUCAGUAUGCGCACUAUAUUGCAGCACGUGGCUCGUGGAGGCAUCGAGACCAAAAUGUUCUACUCAACCGAUCGAGGUCACGUCUUCUGUAAACUACGCGCAACACUGGAAAGGCUGUCGAAAGAGGCCGAUCGCAUCGAUUACAAGGUCGAAUUCGACCCCACAGAGCUACGCAGGGUCGCUGAGACGGGCUAUGAAGAGCAGAACAUUAAGAAGAUCGUCAUCAAGGACGAGCACCAGAUCUCGCAUCGAGACCCGUUCCAGAACAUCUUUGCCAAGUUUGACGUCGAGCCGCGACUGUAUCCAGCCUAUCGCAAGCACGGACACAAGCAGAUUCCGUUCCGCGGAGUUGAUCGCAUUAAGCUACUGCUCAACAUCAUCAAAACGAAAGGAGAGGGCGGCUGCGGCUUGGAUUUGAGUGAUCUACUGCGCGACAAGUGCCUUGUUGCAGCCUUCCCACUGCACGAACCAGCGGAGCUGAACAAGCUCCGAGACAAGUGGUUCAGCUGGAAGUUUGCACCUUGGCAACAGCCGUUGUGGGAUAUUAAGGACUACUUCGGCGAGAAAGUGGGGCUCUACUUCGCGUGGCUAGGCCACUACACGACGUGGCUCAUCGCACCAGCAAUUGUCGGAUGUUUGCUGUUUGCCGACGUUUUGGUCGAAGAUACCGCCGAUUCCGCGUUGGUACCGUACUUUGGGCUCUUCAUGGCUCUCUGGUCGAUUUUCUACUACGAAUACUGGAAGCGCUACAACUCAGCGUUAGCCCUCGAGUGGGGGAUGUCAACUUUCGAGGAAGAAGAAGUGGAACGACCGGAGUUCGAGGGACAGCCAACGGUUUCCCCUAUUGACGGCUCGGAGAUCCGCUACUUCAGUCCACAGACGCGUUCCCGACGCGUUAUGGGCUCACUGUUCUUCAUCAGUAUGCUCAUCCUGCUGGUUGUUGCCGUCGUGGCUGGCAUCUUCGUGUUCCGGUACGCAGCCACGUCCGGCAAGUGGAAGGACAUGUUCACAGUGAACGGUACGCAACUGGGGGGACCAGCAGCGUCUACAGUGAACGCCAUUCAGAUCAUGGUGAUGAACAACGUGUACAGUACUGUCGCCGCGAAACUCAAUCAGUUUGAGAACCACCGAACCGACACUGAGUACGAGGAUCAUCUGAUCGGCAAGACGUUCCUCUUCCAGUUCGUCAACUCGUAUGCAAGUCUGUUCUACGUGGCGUUCAUCAAAACGUCCGUGGAAGGCCACGAGUCGUGCAAACCAGAAGGUCACGGCUGCAUGGACGAACUGAUGAUGAGUCUGGGGAUCAUCUUCAUCUUGCGACUCACCUCUGGGAAUUUCUUCGAAGCGGGUCUGCCGUGGAUCAUGAAGAAGCUCAAGAGGAACAAGAAAGAAAACAGCGUGUAUCGUGAGCCUUCAGCCAUCGAGAAGCAACUGGAGCUGGACGUGUACGACGAGAAGGGGACGUUCGAUGACUACAACGAGAUGAUCAUCCAGUUCGGCUACGUGACGCUGUUCGUCGUGUCCUUCCCGCUGGCUCCAGCGUUCGCUCUGUUCAACAAUUUCUUUGAGAUUCGCAUUGACGCGCACAAGCUCGUGAACGCUACGCGCCGUCCAGAUCCUCGAGGUGCACAGGACAUCGGUACUUGGGGGACGAUCAUCGAUCUGAUGGGCUCCAUCGCCAUGGUGACCAACGUGGCGCUCGUUUGCUUUACGUCUCGACGCACGACUACCAACUUGACGGACCACGAGCGACUGUGGCUGUUUGUGUGUGUUGAGCACGGACUGAUCUUGCUCAAGUACGUGCUGAUGCUCGUAGUGGACGACGAGCCGCACGACGUCACUCUGCAGAAACAACGCUCGAGCUUCAUCGUCAACAAGAUCGUGCACCUCAUCGCAGACGAUGACGACGAAGAAAUGGCCAAAGGCAACCAAGUGCGUGUGGAUCUCACCGUUUUCGACGAAGACAUUUAG